GAGGAGGGUGGCAGUGAGGAGGCGAUGCAGACCAGGCCGGCGGAAAGAGAUGGGCUACAGCCUAUGUGUAUCAGGAUUUUGAGGGAAUACAACAUCUUAUAGUCAAACCCAUCAGGUUGGAGAAGGAAAUUAGUAGCGCUGUGUCAUUCACAGUUCAACCAUGUCUGCUGCAGCUGAUGAGACAUCGGAAGAUCUCCCAGUGAGAGAUGUAGGUCUAAACCUCGGAGGACACUCAGAACCAUCAGCUGCCCAAAAUGUUAAAUUUCGGCAAGUUGUUUCACGAAUUAACCGAGAGGAACUGGAAGAUCGAUAUCUUCGCUUGCACGAGGAGAACAUCUUACUAAAACAGCAUGCCCAUAAGCAAGAGGAUAAAAUUAAAAGAAUGGCCACCAAGUUAAUACGGCUUGUUAAUGACAAGAAAAAGGCAGAGCAGGUCAGUGGCGGCCUCAAGCGGCUGGGUCAGGAUGUCGAGAUGGAGGAAGUGAUUGAGCAACUGCAGGAGAAAGUUCGGGACCUAGAGAAGCAGAAUGAAAUUAUACGCAAUAGGCUUAUUUCUACCAAACAGCAACUUCAGCUUCAAGGGCAUAGACACACGCCCUACAAUUACGUCCAGGCACGCAUUAACACAGGACUCAAGAAGGUGACCGAAGGUGUUAGAGUCCAAGAGCCCACCAAGAAAGGGAUGAGGUUGCAGAACAUUGAUGAGUUGCCUCCCAAGUACGGACACAGUUUACUUGAAGAAGCAAGAGCAGAGAUAAAAGACUUAGAGAAUGAGCUUGAAUCACAGCGGACACAAAAUCAAGAGUUGGUAUUUACAGUAGAAAUGCUAAGAAGUGAAAAAAGGAAGAAAGAAGAAGAGUUUGAAGUAACUCUCCUUCAGUUGAAAGAGCAGCAAGCAACAGGCCAACGGCUAAGCAUUCGAGACAAUGUAGAAAUGAUCAAGCUUCACAAACAGCUGAUAGAGAAAAGCAGUGAAUUUGCAGCAUUGGAAGAAAAGUUACUUCAGCUUCAGGAGAACCAAAACAACCUCAAAACAAGCCACGAUGCACUAAUGGCCAAGGGAGAAGAACUUAAUUCGCAACUUAAAGAAGAACGUUCGAAGUGCCUCCAUCUUAAGAGAGAAUUACAAGCCACCACAUUUUCAAGACGACGAUUAGAAGAGCUGCAAGACAGAAUUAAUGAUUUGGAAAAAGAAAGAGACCUUUUGAAGGAAAACUAUGAUAAAUUAUAUAACAGUGCCUUCGGCGUGACCCACGACCCGCAGUGGAAGCUGAAGGAGCAGCAGCUGAAGCGGCAGAUCGGUCAGCUCGAGGCAGCUUUAAAGUCAGAUUUAGCCGAAAAGAACAAUAUCCUGGACAGAAUAAAAGUGGAACGAGACCAAAAUGAAAAGCUGGCCCAGGAGAAUCAAGAGCUACGAAUGCGCUGUCUAGAGCAGAAGCAACAGCUGGAAGAGCUGAAGGACCGCCUGAAUUUUUUCACCAAGGAGAGCAAUGUUGAUGUGGCCGAACUCAAUGAGGCCCUCAUGCUCCUAAAGGUUCACAGACAGAAAGCAAAUGGAGACCUUGUGUUUUUGGAGAAAGUAGAAGAUGACGUCCAGAAGGAUUUAGAGCGUUCCCUGCGUGAUCUUCAGGCAGUUCAUGCAGAAACUGUUCAAGAACUUGAAAAGACACGCAAUAUGUUAAUUGUGCAGCAUAAAAUUAACAAAGACUAUCAGGCAGAAGUGGAAUCUGUGACACAAAAGAUGGAGGCUUCACAGCAAGAUUACGAGUUAAAACUGGAACAAUAUGUCCACCUUCUUGAUGUUAGAGCUGCACGUAUCCGAAAAUUGGAAGCCCAGCUGAAGGACAUUGCUUAUGGUACCAAACAGUACAGAUUUCGACCAGAAAUUGUAGCAGAUGAUCCUGUGGAUGAGUUUGAUGAAACUGCUCAUUUAGAAAGAGGGGAGAACUUGUUUGAGAUUCACAUCAGCAGAGUUGUAUUUUCUGCAGAAGCUACCAAAUCCUUUGGUGAUCAAGAGCCUGCCACAUUCUGUACCUAUGCAUUUUAUGAUUUUGAACUACAGACAACUCCAGUUGUUCAAGGCCUCAGCCCAGCCUAUAAUUUCACUUCUCAGUAUCUUGUAAGGGUAGAUGAUUUCUUCUUGCAAUAUGUGCAGAAAAGUGCCACCACCCUGGAAAUCCACCUUGCCUGUGGCAUAGACUUCGAAACAGCAGGUGCUUGCCAGCUAAGAUUCCAUGAAAUCCUGGAAAAAAAUGGUAGAAUCUGCAGUUCUGCCAUCUUAAUUGGCGUUGGAAGUGAAAUCCAAAAUUAUGGCACUGUGGAAUAUUGGGUCAGGUUAAGAGUUCCCAUGGACCAAGCAAUCAGACUGUACAAAGAACGGGCAAAAGCCCUUGGCUAUAUUGCAGCAAAUCUAAAGGAUCAGGCAAUACUCAGUCCUUUCCAAGGCAGCACUUCCGUAGAUGGAAACUUAAAUGAGCUCCACAUUACAGUGAAGAGCUGUAACGAUUUGCCAGGCCGAAAGAGCAAUCUUCAGCCAAAUCCUUACGUGGUCUACAAGUUCUUUGACUUUGCGGAUCACGAUACCGCCAUCAUUCCCAGCAGCAAUCACCCCCAGUUUGACGAUCACGUGGGUUUCCCAGUGCCAAUGAAUGCUGAUCUGGACCUCUAUCUAAAAUCUGAAUUUCUCAAUAUAUAUGUUUUUGAUGACGGUGAAACAGAAGAUGGGGUUUACAUAGGAAAAGCAAAUGUGCCUUUAAUUUCAUUAGCCCAUAGCAAAUGCAUUUCAGGGACCUUUGAAUUAACAGAUUAUGAAGGUUGUCCCGCUGGGACAGUUAAUGUUGAACUGAAAUGGAAGCUGACUUAUCUUCAGCCAGCCGGUUCAAUUGUAGCAGCAAACCUCACAGAUUACAUCCAGAAUGAGAAACCAGUGAAGGGGCAAGGGGAAGGUCCACUGCUGGCUCCAUCUUUCUCAUCAUCAAUAAUGAGGCCACAGCCUAAGCCAAGGCAGCGCUCAGCUGCAGCGGACAAGAAAGUAUCCUUUGUAGAUAUGGACCCAUUGCCAAAUCCAAGUCCCAUUCCUGAAAAAGAAGAUAAAAAGACUUUGCAGAAAGCUAAAGAUGAAAAGCCUGUACUUUUAAAUCUUCCACAGCCUGUACCGGAAACACGUGCUGACAGCAGAAUAAGCCAACCUGCAACUGAGAUUCCACAAGAACGGGAGGACCUCUCUCAGCUCUCCGAAGGUCAGCUUGCUGACCAGAGUUCAGCUACUUCAGGAGAUGACACUGAAAUUGAGGAAGAGGAAGCAGAAGAACAAGAUGACAAACAGGCAGCUGCUGAAUCAAUCACAGAUAGCGAUGACUGUGUGGUUCCAAGUUCAGCAUCCACAAGUCUUAAUCAGCCUGCGGAAAGAAUCCGGAUCGAAAUAGUGUCCCUCAGCCUCACAGACUCCCAGAUUUUGAUCGAUAACACGAUACAGCGGCUUUUCGUAGAGUCCAAGUUCUCCAGUUUCAAAACAACUGAAACCCCUGUGGCGCUUCCAAAACCCAGAAGUGGGCAGUGGGUCUUCUAUAACUAUAGCCACGUAAUACAUGUGGAUCAGCCAAAGCACAAAGGAAGGUGGGAUUAUCUCGAGGCUGUAGUUCACGGAUCUGAGCCCAGACAUGGAAGCAUACGGUUUACAGUGGUAAGUGACCCUCCAGAGGAUCAGCAGGAUCUUGAGUGUGAAGAUAUUGGCUUUGCUUAUGUUAGCCUAAGCCAGAUAUUUCAGAAACGGCAAGACCUCAUCGACCAAGAUAUUGAUGUUUUCAAUUCACAAGACGGCGGAGCAGUGAUUGGGAAGCUCAGAGUGACAGUAGAAGCCUUGGCUGCUCUGCGCUCCGUCUGGAAGAAACCUGGAAAUGCCCAGGACACCUGAACACGGAGACCCUCCCGUGCCUUUUCCCUGCACGCCUGAUGGGAAGCAAGAGAGAUGCUGCCUUAUAUUUGAUGUAUCAUUUGUAUGUAAAGCCUGCUCAGUUUGCAGUUUAAAGUUUGUAUAUUUUUUCUCCUCAGUUUGGAUUUAUAUUUUUAUAUUUCUCUCCAUCUGUCCCCACCCCAAGGCUAUCAUCCCAGCCCAUGAUGGACAUCAGCUGUAAAUAAUUAAUGUCUAUAUGAUUGAAUGAUGGACCUUUUUGUUAACUGGAAAUAUAUAUAUGAUCAAAUAUAUAUUUUUUCAUGACUUUUGUCUAGCGUGUGUGUGUGCAAAAACAAUAUUCCGUAUACAAAAGUCAUGAAAAAUCAAAUAAUUAUAUAAUGAUAAUGAUGUUAAUAAUAAUAAUACACUUAAGCCUUAGAAAACUGAUUAAAAAUACCUUUAUGCUAUCCCUAAUCACCCCACUAAAUGGAAUGCCUGCGAUUAGCCUCAUUAAGAAAUUUAUACUGCAAAGCUUUUAUUAGAAGCAAUAUAUGAAAAUUACUUGGAUAAAUGUGUUAAUCUGCCUCUUUAAAAUGCUAAUAUCCAUUUUAUGCACAUUAAGUCUCAGUAUGCGUUUUCUUUGAUGCAUGCCAUUUCUAUCAAUUAAAUACAAAGAAUGAGGCUAGUCCCCAGACUUAUUAAAUUAUUGCAAGCUUUUAGAAAAAGAAACACACAACUUUUGCCCUUCUGCUAACAGUUGAGAUUAUCAAAUUUGGAAGGGUGGGUGUCCCAUAAAUGGUAUAUGGGGGAGGGUAUCUUAAAGGAGUGGGUCAUCUGUAAGCAAAAGAGAUUUACAUAUAUCAACUAUGUAUUAAAGUGUUUUACACUUCAGGUUUAGCUACUCAUUCUCCUGGCUUUGUUCCCCCCCCCCAACCCCUGAUUUAAAUCAUAUUUAUAUAAUACAUGAUACAGCCUGGAAAUUCCAACUUUCCACCAAUAUUGAUGAAAGAUUUAGAUGUAAUUUGCAUGGGAUAGGUAAUAUUAAAAUAAUCACAGAACAAUAGAGUUGGAAGGAGCCAUUUAUACACUGAGCCCAAUCCUCUGCUCAGUUCCGUGAAAGAGUAGUAUAUUAUUUCCAGAAGCAAAUUAUUUCUAUAUAUGAGUGUGUUCGUGUGUGUGUGUGUUAUUUUCAAUUCUUUAAAUGGGAUUUUAUAGGCAAAGAGCUUCCCACUGUUUGCAAAACAGGCUAUAUUUCUUUUGUGAGCAUAUGUAAAGUAUUCAGAAAGAUAAGUAAUUUAUUAAAAUCUACCUAAUUUGCCAUGA